UUAGAGGGGUAAGGUUUUCACAUUUUUUUUAUAAUUUAGUGGCUGCGUAACACUCGAUUCAUAUAAUUCUUUUAGACUAUAAUACAAUGGCGAGCGUAGCAACAAAAGGAUCCGGUCUACUCAACAGGCUGCUUGUGCAGGCAAGACCACAGUUGGAUGUUUUCUUAAAAUACGCCAAAGUGGAGCUGACUCCCCCAACACCUGGAGAUAUUCCAGCUAUCCGCCAGAGCAUCGGUAAUAUAGUCAAGAGUGCUAAGACCGGAUCCUACAAGAACCUAUCAGUGAAGGAGGCUUGGUUGAACACUCUGGUCACCGCUGAGGUUAUCUUCUGGUUCUACAUUGGCGAGUGCAUUGGCAAGCGUCAUAUUGUUGGCUACAAUGUUUAAAUUUACCGUUACGAACAGUUAGUGUAUGGCAAUGACGUCACUAACCAUUAUGUAUGUAAACGAAUAAAAAUUCAACAGUAAAUAUAAUAAAUAAACACCGUAGCAUGUAA